GAGAGGUCUGGUCACAGCCAGCUUCUUACUCUCCAUCAUCACCAUCUGUACUGUCUGACCUCUUUCUGUUUCCAUGGGUAGCAUUGCUGUGUGGGUCUUCAUAUUUCUUGAGAUGAUCAUUGCUGUAGCAUGUUGUCUGGGCAAUGUGCUGGUGAUCUGGGCAGUGUGGACAUGUGGAGCCCUCAGGCAGCCCACCUUCUGCUUCAUUGUGUCCCUCGCUGUGGCUGAUUUCCUGGUGGGGUCUGUGGCCAUUCCUGUAGCUGUGGUGUGGGAAAUCCAUAUGAAGACCUCCUUUUAUGGCUGCCUUUUCAUGUGCUGUGUUUUCAUAAUGCUACAGUUGGCUUCUGGCUCUUUACUUCUGGCCAUCGCAGUGGACCGCUGUCUCCGUGUACGCAUCCCUCUGACGUAUAAGUUUACAGUUACUCAAAAACGUUCUUGGAUGGUGGUUGCAAUCUGCUGGUUCACUGCUGCACUGUUGAGUUUUAUCCCCAUGUUUGGAUGGAACAACUAUAACACUUGGAAUAGUACAACACUUGCAAACUCCACCAGUUUUAAAUGUAGAUACUUCACUGUUAACAGCCGCUCAUAUCUAAUAAACUUCAUAUUCUUCGGCUUCUUCCUUCCUCCGUUGGCUGUCAUGACAGGCUUGUACUGUUACAUCUUCCUGACCACUAGAAGGCAACUGAGAGCAAAUAUAGGUGCAGCUGCCGAGUCCCACAAAUAUUACCAAAAAGAACAAAGGCUGGCUGCUUCACUGGUUCUGGUCUUGGGUCUCUUUGCUGUCUGUUGGCUCCCUCUAUUCAUCAUGCACACUAUAAAAUUAUAUGGUCCUAAUAUUAAGGUGCCCUCUGUUCUCAUUUACAUAGGUGUCCUCCUCCCUCAUGCUAAUUCAGCAGUUAACCCCAUAGUGUAUGCAUUUAAGAUUCCAAAGAUAAAACAGGCAUGUAGGAAGCUGUGCAUUAGAGUUUACCAUGGCAGAGGACAUCAGCAGAGAGACAGUACAAAAAACAGCAGCACAGAAAACAGAAGUGCUACACAGGACUCAGAGUUGUAAAAGUGCAAGUGAUGAUAUAUAUAAGAUGCACAAAGACCAUAGGUCUAAAUCACGUGUCAAAAUCCAGAACUUUAAUAUUUCUACUGAUUUUUCAAUUUCUUUUGCAUAAUUAAGGUAAACAAAGUUCUUCAGAAAGGUUUGAUCUAAACUACCCACAGUGGUGGUGAUAGGAACCAAAUGUGAGUUUAAUUUCUCUAAAAGCUCCCUCACAGAAAGUUAUUACAUGAACAGGUUAAUACACUGACUGAUACCUGAUGCUUUGUUUUUAGAUAGUGUUGAGAUAAGGAUGUGGAAUGAACCAUCUUCUAAAAUUUAUUCAUUCAUGGCAAAAUUGUUCCCCACAAAAAACGUAU